CCGGCCUCUCGCCGAUUGUUUGACGUCUGACGAAUCUCAAUUUUUUUUAAAUAUUCGUAACCUUUAUCGAAAAGAGUAUUUAUGAAUUAACAACCAAUUAUUAUAUUUUGUAAACAAUAGGUCGCUUUUGUGUACAUCUGUUGUGCACUUUUUCCUACAUUAUAUUAAAAAGAUAGAAACUAUAUUGGAUAAUAUAGUAUCUGUGUUUUUAUUAUGAAAAUGUUGAAAUUCCUAUUAAUUGUUCUUUUAUUAAAAUGUGUUAAUUUGAGUGAUGUAUCGUACUAUGAAAUAUUGGGGGUAUCUAAACAAGCGACUACACAAGAGAUAAGGCAAGCAUACAAAAAACUUGCUGUUAAAUUACAUCCAGAUAAAAAUUCUGAUUCAAAAGAACAAAAGAAAUUUCUAGAAAUUACAGAGGCAUAUGAAAUUUUAAAAGAUCCGAAUAAAAGACGACAUUAUGAUAUAUACGGAUCGCAGCAAUCUUACACAAGGAAAUAUGAUUACCAUUCACAAACAGAAUAUAAUAAUCUAUAUUAUAAUGGCCUUUAUCAUGAUAAUCCCCAUGUAAAGACUUUAUCGGGAAGGGAAUUCUAUCAAUAUUUAAAUGAAGGGCUGUAUUUCAUUAACUUUUAUUCACCAUUUUGUCCGCCGUGUCAAAACUUGGCCAAUCAUUGGAAGAAAUUGGCUCAAACCUAUAAAGGAAUAGUCAAAGUGGCAGCUGUCAACUGUAAAUACCACAAUUCGUUCUGCUACAAUAACAUGAGAAUUUCUAGUUAUCCAUCAUUAUAUUUUUAUCCAUAUGGUAAACAUGGAAGCUUCAUAUAUUACAAUGGCGCCCAUACAUUUGAGGCUUUAGAAAAGUUUGUUCUUAAAUAUAUAAAUAAUAAAAUAAACGUAGUUAAAGUGAAUCAAGUGAGAAGUACGAACCAACCCACAUUGUAUGUUCUGGACGAAGACGCUAUUACAGAUGAAGUGAUUACAAGGAUAGCGUUUCAAUUGAAUGGCAUAGCCACAGUCGUUAAAGCGGGUGACGCCAUACGCAGGAAACUGACUGAUAAUGAUGAAGCUAUAUUUGUGUUUAGAUACAAACAAACGCAUAGGGACAUAACUAGCCUAGGGGAAGCGAAUAUCAUUAACAGUGUUCUGAAUUCGUUGCCGACGAUACAGAAGAUUGGAUUAAACAAUUUGAAGACAAUCAGAAAUAAUUUAAGAAAUGGCAAUGACAAACCCUGGAUCCUGUUUUUCUUCAAGAAAGGGGACGACAAACUGUUGUUGCAUCAAUUGAGAGUUGAAUUGGUUGACAUGAAUUUUGGUGAAAUAGAUUGUGACGAGAACACAGAGCUGUGUGCAUCUUUCCAAAUUGAUGAGACACCUGAUUGGUCGAUUUUAAAGGUGGGCGGGGCUUAUCAACGGUUGGUGACCCCCACUAGCGCUGAUAUAAAUAAAGCUGCCCGUGCGCAGUCACUCCAUACACUUUCCGCUGCUGAUAUGAAGCGGAUAUUUGACGGAGACGUAUCGACCUGGGUUCUGCUCGUCGCCCCGUUCAGGGUCCCCUGGGAACACUUGGUUGAACCCUUCACACAAGUUAGUUUGGAAUUAGGACAUAAUGCUAAUUUCGGCAUAAUGUCGUGUACCGUAGACACGGACGGGCAGUGUCGUCGUCUGACGGAGGGACAAGCGUCUGUCGUUAUAGUGAACGGGACGCUCACUGACAUAUACCACGGUGACAUUAAUAAAGAAGAACUAGUAGACUUCAUACAAAUAGUGCAAGACACUUCAGAUGUAUUGAUAUCGGAGGAACAAGUGAUGGACCUGGUUCAUCGGCGGUCGGUUGGCUGGCUGAUCGCCUUCAUGCCUAAAUGUGGCUCGACUUGCCACAGACUUCUCCAUCAGAUGAGGAUAGUAGCUAAGCGACUCAAGCCGUUAGAGUCUGUGCGCGUUGGUGUAUUACAGUGUGAAAAUCAAUCUGGUUUCUGUGGUAAUGUUCGUUCGCCCACACUACGUUACUAUCCACCAAAACAUUCCCAUCUAUACACUAUAAGUCUGCAACAUCUAUCUGAGGCUCCGUACAUUCUGGAGUGGGCUUUGGAGUACAUUGACAAAUCGGUGACACCAAUCACUUGGAGGACAUUCACUAAGGAUGUUAUAGCUGAAGAGUUAAAUCCAACCAGUGUCAAAAAGCCAUGGCUGGUGUAUUUCCACUCUCCCAGAUGUUACCGCUGCUAUGAAAUGUAUCCAGACUUUGCAAUCUUAUCAAUUUUCCUCAAAAACAACAUACAGUUUGGUAAAGUGAACUGUGUAUCAGAGCGUGGUCUCUGUCAACAUGAGCACAUAACGAGUUAUCCGUCAAUCAAGUUAUAUUUAAGCAGGAACAAGAAAAAUCCGAGCAGAAUCAUUCCACUGCAAGCCAAAAACUACCUGAGCUUACUGCAGGAUAUACAACCUCAUGUAACAAAGUAUGACAACGAUCUACUACAGAGUAUACAAAAUAUUGGCAUCAAAAGUCACAUUAGGGAUGAAUUAUAAGUGAAUUGAUCAAAUAUAUUAUUAUCAUUAUUAAAUUAUUAAAUACUUGGAAGUAGUAAACAUAUUAAAGAAUAUACAAGUUCUGUAUAAUAGUGUAGAAAUAAACUUACUUUUACUUACCACUUUCUAUAAAGAUUAACCGACCAUACAUAAAAAAACAUGCUAUAUGUCAAAUAGUUUUGUUUUCUGUUUAAGUGUAUUCCAUUCUUUAUGGCCACAGAUUAAUACAAAAUUUACAUCUAUGAUAAUGCUUUAUACAUAAAUUAAAUACGACGUCUGUUAUAUACUGGAUAGUUCUAUUUGAAAUUUAAUUGACAUGCAUGAAUUUGGUACUUAAUUUAAUAUAAAACAAACAUACAUACAUAUUAUUUUGAAGUGUAAAUACUUAUAAUAUUAUUGAUAUUAUGUUUAAUGUGACUACUCAAGUCCACACAUGUAAAUACUCUUUGGUAUAGGUUUUUAAAAAUCUCGAUGGUAUAUAUAUUAAGAAAAAAUUUAAUUUAACCAUGUUUACCAUUAGUUAUUUAAAAUUGUGUUCCUUAAUCCAUCUCAUUUUUGCAGCUUGCUUUUUAUUCUAUAAUGUUAAACGUAAACAGUAAACGGAUGCUAUCUGUCAGGUUAGGUGUCAAUAUUAUAAAUAUUACAACAUUCCUUCAAUACUAAUUAUCUAUUACAUAUGGUCAUAUAAUAUUUUCAAUAUUUCGACACUUCGAAAAAAUUUAUGGCCAAAGUAUAUAUAAGUUGGGCCUAAAAUUACAAAAUUUGGAUUUUUUUUUUUUUAACUUGAUGCAUCUAGAAUUUAAUUUAUCAUCUUUUUUGUUUUAAGCUUAGGCUCCAUUCGCACUGGAGUCAUGGAAUACUUUGCCAAUGUCUACAUUUUAUUUGUUGAACAAAUUAUGAUCUUGAAUAGUGUGUGGAGAAUUUAUUAUCUACAAAUAGACAGAUGUGUUUUUUAUUAGAUAUUUUCAUCUAUGCUAAACAUGUUUGUAUAGAAACAUACCAAUUAAUUUUUGCCAUAAAACAUUUAUUGCAGGCAUUUAUUAUGUGAUAUAAUUUUAAGUUUGUUUAUUAAUGAGCUUUAUAAAUAAAUUAAUUU